UUUGUUGUAUUUGAUAUUUUUAUUUUGUUAUUAGCAAAUCAAUAAAUAAAACUGCGAACCCGGAACUAUAUUCAAGCAUAUAAUUUUUUUUCCUCAAAAAUUAUUCGCAGAUAAGUUAGCAACAGUACUAUACUGAUCUUUAAGAAGCUUUGAUGAUUUUAGAUCUCAAAAUUUAAAUAUAUACAUUUAUUUUUAGCACGCAAGUUACAAGUUUUUAGUUUAAAAUUUGCAUGGCACAAUAUGGACAGUAUGCACAUAAAUCUUUAUUUAUUUUAUGAGAGGUUAUAAAUAUAACAUAAUAUAAUUUAUCUGCACAUGGUCCUCGUAGAAACUAGAGGGUUACUAUACUAUUGUAAACGAGUAAAUUUGAAUAAGAUAUAAACUUUGACCAUCAAAUAAAAGUAUUAUUCAUACACAUUAAUAUAUAUACAUUUUUGAAAGCACUCUCAUACAUAUGCAUGAGACGUCAAAACAAGAAAAAGUAGAUUUAUGUAUUUAAGUAGAUGAUAUCUGAAAAGUUUGCACAUAUAUACGUUAAUGCAAGUUUUUGCAUAUCACAAACAACAUAAUAUAAUCACCAAACUGGAAACAAAUAAAAUUUAAAUAUGUUAUUAUCAUAAAAUCUGCUCCAUAAUAUUGCACCUAAUAUGUAGUAAAAUUGUUGACUGUAGAAAUGUUAAUCAUUAAAAAGGAUUUUUUUCUCUAUAAAUAUCAUUAUACAAAAGGUUCCACAAUCUCUAUAUAAACGAACAUUAACAACAGAGGCUAACAACAUCCACAAUCAACAAAAAAAUUACCUCAAAUUAUAUAACUAAUCAUCUCUUCAAACCAAAAAAAAAAAGAGAGAAAAAAAUGGGAAGCAAAAGAGUGAACAUAAUAUUCAUUUCAAUGAUGGUAGUGAUGGUAACGGGGAACUUUGUGGUUAAGACACAAGCUCAAGACACUCUCUCUUUUAGAACUUGUUAUCCAAGUUGUAUUGAUGGUUGUGCCGUUGAGAAGCAGUUACCAAAAUUACUUUUGUGUCCAUUCACUUGUCUCCUUACUUGUCUUGCUCCUCCAACAUCAAAUAUUCCUUCUCCUCCUUCUCAAAUGUUUUUGGCGAGGGAAAUCGAUCAUAUUGAUUACUUUUGUAAGCUUGGUUGUGCUACUAAUCAUUGUGCUUCCCUUUCUUCUCUCAAAAAUCCGAAUGUAGACAAAGUUGCGGACUGUGUGGAUUCAUGCUCAGACAAGUGCUCCAACAAGAACUAA